ACGGACUUGCGUACUUGAGUAUUGAGAAACAGCCAGAUUCGGACAAUAGGAACACAUUUUACGACAGCAGUAAUUGCUUUCCGGCAGAAGUAGGUUACAAAAAGGUGCGCGUUUCUAGGGAGAUAGAUAGGGAAUGGUCCUUUGAGGAAGAUGUAGAAGACGCGGGUUUCUCAGCAUGAGAGAGAAGAGAGAUAGAUGCAAGUAUGGUGAAAGACUCCUGUGGUUCGUAUGAUGGAAGGACUGGGAAAGGAGAGAUCAACCUGUGGCGCUAGAUCCUUCCCAUGGCUCGCUCACACCGAAACAGAGGCUUCAACCCUGCUAUGGAAGCUCAAGGACUGCUUCUCCGCACAUGAAACAAGCUCCCCUCAUCAGACAGACAAAAGCAAUCACAUGGACAACAGAAAGGCUGUACUGGAUCUGAAAGAUGUCCCUCCUCCACCACUGCACCAUACUUCCUCUUCCCAGUUAUCCCAGCCCUUCUCUCUGUCCUCUCUCCCAUUGCCUCCUCCCUGCUUGCCGCCACCUCCCCCUCAGCUUGCACAAGACUCCUUCCAACAACCGCCACCACCUCAUCAGCAACAAGAGGGGGCUAGCCCCAAAGUAAGCAUUUGCGAGCACUGUGACCACAACAACACAGAUGGCUUUGGGUUGUUGGGUGGCAGAGGUGUUGUUGGUAGCGGCAGCAAUGCUGCAGGAGUUGUUUCGCUUUAUAUGGCCCCAGGGUCUCUGGGAGCACCGAUCAGUACUAGUAGGUCUGGGCCUUGUUCUGUAGCCUCAUCUGUUCAUCAGUAUAAACAUAAAUUUAGCUGUGGCACUGGAGGUGAAGCUUUUGAUCCUUUAUUCAGUCUUAGUUGCAAACCUCAGCUGUCCUCUUCUGUUGCUACCUCUCAACCUAUUUCAUCACACCCCUACCUCCCCUGCUGCUCAGGGCUUCUCCACACCUACCCAGCUGUACCUCUUUCUUUCAGUCAAGCCAGCCUCUUUCCCUCUUCAGCACCGAUGGCAUCCUCUCUCCCCUCUGUUUCCUCUCUACCUGCUAGCUUGCAUGGCUCUUGCCUGACCUCUUCUGGCUUUUACACAUGUGGUGUGGACUGCAGCGCGUCAGCCAGAAGAUCCCAAGGAAGUAUACUCGGUGGUCACCCAAGCACCAGCACCAUCACUACUACAGCCACUUCAGCACACUUCUUCUCUAAUCCUAUGCACCUAAAUGUUGAACGCACUGUUUGUGUGAAGGGGGCACACUACUGUCAGGAGUGCUUAUUUAAGCCUAUGAAUGGUCUGAUGGCAGAGUCCGACAAGGUGCACCCAAGUGUUCCUAUUCCUCAGACUGCUCCUAUUCCUAUUCCUAUUUGUAAUGGCUGUGGCACCUUCUCCGAUGGCAAAAUGCUCAUGCCAUCAACCAGUCUUGGCAAGACUGGACAGAAAUAUGGAUCACCAGAAGGUACUGGUCCCGAGAACAUCCCUCCGGUCGGGGUCUUUUGGGACAUUGAGAACUGCAGUGUCCCCAGUGGACGCUCUGCUGGAGCUGUGGUCCAACGAAUUCGCAACCGCUUCUUCCAGGGUCAUCGUGAGGCAGAAUUCAUUUGCGUUUGUGAUAUUAGCAAGGAGAGUAAAGCUGUCAUCCAAGAGCUCAACAACUGCCAGGUUACUGUUGCACAUAUUAAUGCCACAGCCAAGAAUGCUGCAGAUGACAAACUUCGUCAGAGCCUACGGCGCUUUGCUGAGACGCACACUGCACCUGCAACUGUUGUACUGGUAUCCUCUGAUGUGAAUUUUGCAAGCGAGUUGAGCGACCUGCGUCAUCGCCAUGGUUUCCAUGUAAUCCUGGUUCAUGGCAGCCAUACAUCUUCAGCUCUACUGCAGCAUGCCAACAGCCAUGUGCCCUUUCAGGAGAUAACAGCAGAUCUGCCACCACGCAUGCUUGUCAAAGCGCAGCCCAGUUUCAACCACCUCUAUGUGCACAACCUCCCUCUCAACUGUGACAAGAACAUGCGGAACGCUGUGAAGCUCAGGCUCCGCCGGCUGUCAGACAACUGUGGCGGCAGAGUACUUGGUGUGUCCCAGGGCACAGCAGUCCUCCGCUUUGGCAGCCCUGAGGCAGCUACACGUGCCCGCAAGCGAAUGGAAAAUGAGGAUGUGUUUGGCCACAGAAUCAGCCUCUCCUUCUCCCCGCGGCCCAGAGACGAUGCAAGUCCUGAGUCUGAGCUUCGUUCUCAGCCCCAUCACUUGCCUCAGACUCUGGCCCGGACCUCUCAAACCCAGGAUUCAAUGUUCGGCCCUCCCCCAUCUAUAGCCUCCUUCUCUUUUCUGCCCCUGGAGACACCCAGGUCACCCAGAAGGCCACGGCGAGCAACCCGCCCCUGCCACACCCCUGGUCCGGUGGCUGAAAGGCCCUAUAGCCCCAGGAGGGGUUGCAGUGGGCCUCCCGGUGGUGCUCCAGCCAAGCCCCAUCAGGAGCUGGGCAGUUUGGAGGGGAAGGCCAGAAUGAACUUUCAGCACUUGGAAAAGGGAUGUGCUGCCUCGUCUUCGACCCAGAAUAAUGGUGAGGCUGGAGCACUGGAGCAACUAACUAAGCCUGGUCUCACUGUAGAAUCCAUCUACAGCCAGAGCAGAGAGGACUCCAGCCCUCAAAGUACAACUGAAUCCCCUGUUGACCAAGUGGACAGGAACUCAGGGGAGUUCCAGAUUAGCACACCCUCCGCCUUCAGCAAGUUGAACCUACACAGAAGCUUCAGCCCCCUCGUCUUAUCUCAGGGCUCCUGGUCUUCCAGGAGUGCAUCCCCUUGCCUAUCCAGCCGUUCCUCACCUCUGAUUGCUGCCCCUCGUAGCCCUUGUUCUGAAGCUUCUGAGCCUUUCUCAGAGGGAGCAGAGAUCCAGGUUGCCAACCUGGACUACAGAAUGUCUCGCAAGGAUCUGCAGCAAACUUUAAAUGACACCUUCUCCCGAUACGGAAGGGUAAAAAGUGUGGAGCUUAGCCCCCACACUGACUACCAGCUGAAGGCCACAAUUCAGAUGAUGUCCCUGCAGCAGGCCAUUAGUGCAGUCAGCGGCCUACACCGUUACAAGAUCGGAGGCAAACGCAUUCAGGUGUCUCUGAUCACCGGUGGCAGCAACAAAUCUCUUGCCAUGCUCGGCCCAGAGAUAAUCUCCAUUCUUCAAGAUGCUCCUGCCAGUUGCCUUCCUCUUUUCAAGUUCACUGAGAUUUAUGAGAAAAAAUAUUCCCGUAAGCUCGUGGUUGGCGAUCUGUAUCGGCUCCCAGAGCUGGUUGCAGUGCGGGAGCAGGGAGGCUCAAGGUUUGUGUGCCUUCUGUCCAACAGCCAAAUACGUCAGAGUCCACUGGGAUCUUCCCAAUCCCAGGAGGGCUCCUCCUCAGCAAGUGGGAGUCCUGUUGUGUUUGAGGAGUUGGAGUACCAUGAACCUGUCUGCAGACAGCACUAUUCACUGCAGGACUUCAGUGAGGCCGACUUUGACCCUGAUUCCUAUAAAAUCCCUUUUGUUGUAAUGUCUCUGAGCACACUAGCCUCAGAGGUCCACAGUCUGUUGCAGUCACAUCAGGGCACACUUCCACUCCUCAGUUUUCCAGACUGUUAUGCAGCAAAAUUCAGACCACUUCAGCUUGGCAAUGAGUCACUGGAAGGUGGUGUUCCUCUGGAGCACCUCGUCACCUGUGUUCCCAGUAUCACAGUAGUCACAGCUCAAAAUGGUUUCAAAGUCAUCAAGUGGAUCAACAAUAAACCUCCGGUGCCAAACUCUGAGCCAUGGAUUCAACGCUGCAAGAGUCCAGUCGGCAAUCCACAGCUCAUCCAGUUUAGCCGAGAGAUUAUUGACCUCUUAAAAAGUCAGCCGUCAUGCAUAAUGCCAAUCAGCAAAUUCAUUCCCUCAUAUCAUCAUCACUUUGCCAAGCAGUGCCGCGUCUCCGACUACGGCUUCUCUAAGCUGCUGGAGCUCCUCGAGGCUGUGCCACAUGUUCUGCAGAUCUUGGGUAUGGGUACAAAGCGUUUACUGACUCUAACUCACCGAGCUCAAGUUAAACGCUUCACCCAAGACCUGCUUAAACUGCUUAAGUUUCAAGCCAGCAAACAAGUGGCAAUCAAGGACUUCAUGCAGGCAUACCAUUGGUGCUUCUCCAGAGACUGGAGAGUAACUGACUAUGGGAUAUGUGACUUGAUGGAUCUGCUGACGGAGAUCCCUGACACCACCAUCACCAUCACACAACAGCCCACCGACACAGUCAUCUCAGUUCCUAAGAGGGAGCGUACUAUGGAAGAACUGGAGCGUACCAAGCAGUUUGGGAAGGAGGUGGUGGACCUGCUUCGCCACCAGCCUCACUGUCGAAUGCCCUUCAGCAAGUUUAUACCAACUUACCACCACCACUUUGGUCGCCAGUGUAAGCUCAGCCACUAUGGGUUCACCAAGCUCAUUGAGCUCUUUGAAGCAAUCCCUGAUGUCCUGAUGGUGCUGGAGUGCGGUGAGGAGAAAGUGCUGUCUCUCACUGAGGUUGAACGUAUCAAAGCUCUGGCAGCUCAGCUGGUCAAGCUGCUUCGGGCUCAGAAAAACUCCAGUCUGCCUGUGAGUCAGCUGCUCACAGAGUACAGCAAAACCUUUGGUUACGGGCUACGCCUGCAAGACUUCGACGCAAGCUCCCUGCCUGCUCUGCUGACCAAACUCUGCCAUGUUGUCAAGGUGGUGGAUGGCGCGGAUGGUCGGGAAGUGCAGCUGAUCAACAGGAAGUCUCUGCGCUCUCUGACCUCACAGCUACUGGCACUGCUCAUGUCCCAAGAAGAUGAGAACAUCACCAAAGGUUUGAAGGUGGAGGAGCUGAGCCAGUAUUACCUAAGCGUUCACGGAGUUGCGCUAAACCCAUGUGAAUAUGGGUUCCUUUCUCUCAGCGAGUUACUGAAGAGCCUUCCAUACCUGGUCGAGCUGUACCACGAGGAAACUGAUGAUACCACUCAAGCUGCCAGCAGUCAUGGGGAAGAAUUUGUGAGGCUAACCAGGCUUUACCAGUUUGCUCGUAAUGUACGCGCGCUGCUCCACACCUACCAUUACAACCAGAUCUUCCUGACUGAGUUCCACGGAGCAUACAACAAAUUCACAGGCUGCAGCCUUGAUCCACGUUUCUGUGGGUACACCAGCGUUGAUGAGCUGCUCAGUGCGAUUCCACAGGUGAUCUGGAUCAAAGGGCAUGGUCACAAGAGGAUUAUCGUUUUGAAGAACGAUAUGAAAGCAAAACCAAGCUGUUCAGUCUCCAACAGCCCCCAGCCGGAGAACACUGAGAGCCCGAGAGACAGCCCGAUUAGCAGUGCAACAUCUGGAGCUCAGAGUCCAGGUGCUGAUGCAGCUGCCGAGUCAGAGCUGCUGUGUCUGUCGUCUCCAGUGGACCUGCUGUGUGGCCCUGUUCCAUCCUGCCUACCGUCGCCUCAGCUUCACCCCGACCCCGUUGUCGUCCAGCAGGCGGAUCUGAUUCACUUUGAGGAGAGAACUCCUCCACUACCAACAGACGUCACAGCUGAUCUACCUGCAAAGCGUGAUGGCAGCACAGAUGACUCUGCAGACCCCAGAGAACCACCACCACCACCUGACACAAAGACCCUCCUGUCCAUGGACAGUCCCAGCAGAAGAGCUUCACGUAGUAGAAUCAAAUUAGCAGCCAACUUCUCAUUCACGGCAGGCCUCUGAUCCUCUCAUAUAUACACAUACAGUCUCACAUACAGCAAUACAAGUUUACAUACAGUGUAACUCUAAAUAAAAGAGUUGAACGGCUACACUAAACACAUAACACAGAAGAGCAUUGGUCUUGACCCUUUGUCCUAACAGGCUGUUGCAUUCUGCAUUCUUCGUCAUCACAUUUGUGCCAUUUUAGUUAGUUUUUGGUUUGUUUUUUCAGUUCAGUCUUCUAAGUUCACCAAACUGAUUUGCUUCUUGCAGACUUUCUGCAAUUCUGAUUUGCCAAAUGUCAUCUGCUCUAACGUGUGUUUAGUUUCCUCCCAAGGGCAAUUAAUAUCCAUGAAUGUGCAUUUUCAGUUUAGAGCCAUAUUGUGUUGAACACUUUCAGUGAAUGAGCUGAGUUUGUUGUCACUGUGAACAAAGUGGUAGAAAACAAUGGGAGAAAUGCUAGGGAUGAGUAACUAGGUUUUCUGUAUUACAUCAAAGAAGUGUAGGUAUUCACUGUUUACAAAAAUACACGAAGGUUUUUAAAGAGAUUUUUGUUAAUGAACCACAUUGAGAAACCUUCAUAAAUACUUCCUUGCUUUAUCUCCAAGAUAUAAAAUUUCAUUUAGAACUUUCUUUGUAGCUUACCCCAGAUAUGUUGACCCAAACUAGCAGCUGAAGCAUCCACCUGUUUCUUUCAGGUUUCUAAAGAAAUUGCUUUUUAAUCAGAUAUUCUUCUGUAUUUUGUCUGUGUAAGGAAGUAGCCUCAGCAUAGAGUUCAGUUCCUUUUUGUACUGUGUAGAGUAUUUGGUCACCGGUAGAAGAGUUUGGCUUAAAUGUGUAGCGGAUUGAGUGGCAAUUAAAUGCUGGGACUAAAGAGAAGCCAGGUCUUAACUGUUAAGACUGUGUUGUGGAAGCUGUCGGUCUUUGAACAGUUUUGGUUUUGCAACAAUUGCUGCUCUCCGGAACUUUUAUUGUUGUAUGUUCACUUAAUUUAUAGCAAAGACUUUGGCUUGUGUCUUCAGGGCCUCUAACGAAGGCCUCAAAAGUUAUUAAAAAGAAAAAAAAAAAGGCACUUCAGUAUUUCAGCCAUGAGCGUGCUUAGUCAGCAGAAACUGACUUAAGCUUUGUCUUUAGUCAGCAGCCGGGGUGUGUGUGUGUUUUGUUUUAGUAUUUUGUCUGUGUGUGUGUGGUUUACACUGGAGUAGGUGGUGUGAAAUGUGUAUGUUGUGCAUAACUGAGUUUAUGCAUGGUGUAAUUCCAGGAGAAGCAGAGGCAAACAGAAGGAUUGUAAAGACGUUUUUUUAAGACCAGUCUUUAUUUCCACCGUGAUGUUUAGAUCCCAGAGUUGGCAUCACCCCAUGCAGCUGCUGUAUACUGUAAGUGCUCAAGGUUUGUUGCUUUAACCUUGGAGCUGGUCGCCGCUGUAUCACUGGUGAUCCACUCGGUCUGAGAUCUUGAGGGGAGCGGUGAGCACUCCUGAGCUUAUGAUUUUUAAUGAGACUGAAUAGUUGAGUUUUUAGGGAAAGAAGGUGAUCGGUGAUGGGUUUGAGGAACAGCAUAGGGGGCUCUGGGAAGCCUCCUGAACAGAUUGAUGUGCACACAGAGGCCCCUCUGAGGCUCUCUGGAAUCUGCCGGGCUUUUACAAUGGUUUGUAUCUGCCCCGGUGCUGAAAGGACUCACCAUCUUUACCUCCCCACCCACUUUAAUAGCAGUUUUAACUUACUGUUGUGGGUUAGUUUUCUCAAAUUUCGUUUGUCUUGAGCAUUUACCAGGCUGCUGGCUACUGAAUUGCCACCAAACAAUGUUGACUGCCUGUGACGUCGAGCACGACCAGGGUGCCACUGAAGUCAGAGGGUUGAAGCUGUUUUUGUUCAGAGAAAAGUUUAGAGAAUGGGCAGCAGCCCAUUUAAUCAGUUAGUUUGCGUUCUCUGCCUGUUUAGUCAGUGUUCGAAGCAUAACAUGAGUCUUUCUGUCAGACAUGAAUUGAAAGAUUUCCCCUAACAACUCACCAAAAUGUCUGACAUACAAAUCAAAAUGAUUUUAAUUAUGGCUGUUAUUGUUUAUCUCUCCUGCAGGGUUUUGUUGACUGUCUGGAAGCCACUUUGAUUAAAGACUCAUUGGUUCAAAAUCAUUAUUUAGAAGUGGUAAUGAUAGAAACGAGCUUAAAAUGCGUACGAGAAAUGAAGACAUUACUUUUUAGUGAAUUUGAGCAAACCCUAGCAGCUCCUCGGUGUACUGCAGUGACAACUACCUCUGAUUUUAUUUCGUUUUCACUUUGAUUCAGUUACAUCAAUGAAAGGCUCUUAUACCAGUCAACAUAUGCACUUAUGCAUAGUUUUGGUUUAAUGAAUGCGAGGCGUUUGCAUGGUGGUUUAAACAAGUUUCUUCGUUGCCUGUGUAUCUCACCUUGUCUUACUUUGAACUUUAAUAUUGCACAUUUGUUGUUCUUCUCUGAUUUAUUCAGCAGUGUCCUUUAACCUUUUUUUCUUUUUAAACUGCCCAACUAAUUUCCCCCUCCCCUUCCUUGUACUGCACUGUUUUACCACUGUGCUGCACCUAAAGUUGCUGUAACAGUCACAUUGUUGAAGGGACCAAAAAAGAUUUGCGUUAAUAAAUUUCACAAGCAUCA